UGUUGAUUGAUUAAAUUCUGGCUUGGCUUCUUUUUCACACAACCUCUCCCACAGAGAAGACUGUUAAGGACUGGGCGAGAUCUACCUUCUUCUUCUUCUUCUUCUUCUUCUUCUUCUUCUUUGAUUCAUUGAUUCAUCGAUCUCUCUCGCUGUUCUUCUUGUUACUCAGAGAGAUAUAGAGAGAGAAAUUGAGCUUUCUGGUUCUUUAGAGGGAGAGGUUUGAGAGUGGUAAUGGCGAGUGGAGGAGGGUACGGAGAUCCGAGCCAGAAGAUAGACUACGUGUUCAAGGUUGUGCUGAUUGGGGAUUCCGCUGUGGGGAAAUCGCAAAUACUUGCUCGAUUUGCAAGGAAUGAGUUCAAUUUAGACUCUAAGGCUACUAUCGGAGUUGAGUUUCAGACUAGGACCUUGGUUAUUCAGCACAAGAGCGUCAAGGCCCAGAUCUGGGAUACUGCGGGCCAAGAACGAUAUAGAGCAGUAACAAGUGCGUAUUAUAGGGGUGCUGUUGGAGCAAUGCUGGUGUAUGACAUAACCAAACGUCAAACCUUUGAUCACAUACCCCGUUGGCUGGAAGAGCUGCGUAGCCAUGCUGACAAAAACAUUGUUAUAAUUCUGAUUGGGAACAAAUCCGAUCUUGAGAACCAAAGGGUGGUCCCCACUGAAGAUGCUAAGGAAUUUGCCGAAAAGGAAGGACUAUUCUUUUUAGAGACCUCUGCAUUGGAAUCAACUAAUGUCGAGACUGCCUUCUUGACAGUGUUGACCGAGAUAUUUAACAUUGUAAACAAAAAGACUCUAACUGGUGCAGAAAAUCAAACAAAUGGCAACCCUGCAUCCUUGUCAGGCAAGAAAAUCAUCAUUCCAGGCCCUGGACAAGAAAUUCCAGCAAAAAGCAAGAUGUGUUGUAGCUCAUUAUAAUUUGAUCAGACACGGAUUUGAAAAAUGUGGUUUUUCUGUUCUAUGCUCCUAAUAGCAAUUUUUGGAAGGUGUGAUGCGUUAUGCUGUAAAUUUUCCAUUGCUGUAGUUUAGUUUGAAUGAGCAGCUGAUUAAUUGCAUGUUCAAAAUUGAGCUGAA